UAACAAACCGAUCAAUUUGAUUGCAUCCUCUGAACCGGCUGUAUUCACAUCAUCUUCACCAAAUUACCCAGUGCUCUUCGCCGUAGACGUCGAUGAGCCGAUCACGCGGUAUCUUCUCGAUUCUCAGGAAGGUCCAUCAACCAUCGUCUCGUAAAUGUUUAUGUACAAACUCUAUCUCUUCUUCUUCUUCGUCAAGCUUAGGAUUCCGAGCCACGAACAAGGAGCUAAACCAGAUGAUAAGAUCAGGAUACAUCACCGAAGCUAGAAAAAUAUUCGAAAAGCUGGAGGCGAGGAACACGGUGACGUGGAACACAAUGAUAAGCGGAUACGUAAAAAGGAGGGAAAUGACUAACGCGCGGAAAUUGUUCGACGAAAUGCCUCAGAGAGAUGUCGUCACUUGGAACGCUAUGAUCUCUGGCUACGUUUCUUGGAGGUUUCUCGAAGAAGCGAGGAAGCUGUUCGAUGAAAUGCCUAAAAGAGAUUCCUUUACUUGGAACACGAUGAUAAGCGGUUACGCUAAGAAUCGAAGAAUAGGUGAAGCUCUGUUGCUGUUCGAGAGAAUGCCUAUGAGAAACGCUGUUUCUUGGAGUGCAAUGAUCAGUGGGUUUUGCCAUAACGGUGAAGUGAGUCGCGGGGUUGAGUUGUUUAUGAGAAUGCCUGAGAAGGAUUCAGCUUGUUUAUGCGCGCUUGUGUCUGGUUUGAUUAAGAACGAAAAGCUGGAGGAAGCUGCGAAUGUUUUAACUCAAUAUGGUUGUAUAGAUUCCGGUAAGGAAGAUUUGGUGUUUGCUUACAACACAUUGGUUGUAGGGUAUGGACAUAGAGGACAAGUGGAAGCAGCUCGGUGUCUGUUUGAUCAGAUUCCUGAUAUUUGUAGAAACUACGUCUCGUGGAACUCGAUGAUCAAAGCCUACUUGAAAGCAGGCGAUGUGGUCUCUGCGCGGUUGCUGUUUGAUCAGAUGAGAGACAGAGAUACCAUUUCUUGGAACACGAUGAUCGAUGGAUAUGUGCACGUAUCUAAGAUGGAAGAAGCUUUUGAUCUGUUCUCGGAAAUGCCAAACAGAGAUACGCAUUCUUGGAACAUGAUGGUGUCUGGUUACGCUAGCGUCGGCGAUGUGGAGCUAGCUCGUGACUACUUUGAGAGAACGCCUGAGAAAAACAUAGUCUCGUGGAACUCGAUCAUAGCAGCUUAUGAGAAGUACAAGGACUAUAGAGAAGCUGUUGAGGUGUUUAUACGGAUGAACAUUGAAGGAGAGAAGCCUGACCCUCAUACUCUAACUUCUCUCCUCAGCGUAUCAACAGGGCUUGUGAAUCUGCGGCUAGGAACGCAGAUGCACCAAAUCGUCAUCAAGAGUGUGAUCCCUGACGUGCCGGUUCACAACGCUCUUAUCACUAUGUAUUCGAGAUGCGGAGAGAUAACGGAUUCGAGGAGAAUCUUCGAUGGAAUGAGAGUUAAAAGAGAAGUAAUCACAUGGAAUGCGAUGAUAGGAGGGUAUGCUUUCCACGGUAACUCUUCAGAAGCUUUGAACCUGUUCUGGUCAAUGAAAAGCAAUGGGAUACAUCCUUCUCAUAUAACAUUUGUCUCGGUUCUGAACGCUUGUGCUCACGCGGGACUCGUCGAUGAGGCUAGAGCACAGUUUAUGUCCAUGGUAAACGAGUACAAGAUCCAGCCGCAGAUGGAACAUUAUUCUUCGCUGGUGGAUGUAAUCAGUAGACAAGGGCGGUUUGAGGAGGCCAUGGGUGUGAUAAAGAGUAUGCCUUUUGAGCCAGACAAGACGGUGUGGGGUGCAGUGUUGGAUGCUUGUAGGAUUUAUAACAAUGUUGGGCUUGCACAUGCUGCAGCUGAAGCAAUGUCGAGACUUGAACCAGAGAGCUCGACACCUUAUGUAUUGUUGUAUAACAUGUAUGCUGACAUGGGACUAUGGGACGAAGCUUCUCGAGUGAGAAUGAGGAUGGAGAGUAAAAGGAUUAAGAAGGUAAGAGCAUCAAGUUGGGUAUGAUGAUCAAGAACUAAGAGAAGCAUAAAACUUCUUCUCUACACCCAGAGAACAGAGGACGAAGGGUAUGUAUGAAUGGUAUGAAGGGUAUGAUGAUCAAGAACUAAGAGACGGUAUCAAUGUCUCUAUCUUUUUAGGUACUCAUAGGUUCCCAAACGGCGUCGUUGAGGCUGUGGAAGAGUCACCUCCUGAAUGACCCAUGAUUCUUGUUCGAUUUUGGCAGCCAUUAAAAUUACUGGUGCCUUCUUACAUAAUCUAUAUAGUUUCUGCUUCAUCCCAUCUUCCAAAUUGUUUGCCUGUCAAAAGAGUAAACCUUUUUGUGUGUUCUCUUAGUAUAAAAUGAAUUAAAAAAUUAUCGUAACUGACUAGUGACAUGGUCUUGUACUUCUUUGAAUAUUAGAGAAACUUGAGCC